AGAGAAACAGGAUUUGAGACAGCCCAGGGUUUCCUCUGCAAGUAGGUUUAAAACUUUUUUUUUUCCCUCACAACUUCCUUCCUGUUCUAACUGCCAGUACUCAGAAGUCAGACUUGAGAGACAGAGGCACCCCGGACAGAGCCGUGAACCACUGAAUACCAAAAUGACUGAAAAGGCCCCAGAACCACACCUGGAGGAGGAUGACGAUGACGUGGACGGCAAACUCAAUUACAAGCCUCCACCUCAGAAGUCCCUGAAGGAGCUGCAGGAGAUGGACAAAGAUGACGAAAGUCUGAUUAAGUACAAGAAGACGCUCCUGGGGGACGGUCCUGUGGUAGCAGACCCAACAGCGCCCAAUGUCACUGUCACCCGCCUUACCCUGGUUUGUGAAAGUGCCCCAGGACCCAUCACCAUGGACCUCACAGGGGAUCUGGAAGCCCUGAAAAAAGAAACUUUUGUGCUAAAGGAAGGUGUUGAAUAUAGAGUCAAAAUUCACUUCAAAGUGAACAAGGAUAUUGUGUCAGGCCUGAAAUAUGUUCAGCACACCUACCGGACUGGGGUGAAAGUGGAUAAAGCAACGUUCAUGGUUGGCAGCUAUGGACCUCGGCCCGAAGAGUAUGAGUUUCUGACUCCUACUGAGGAGGCGCCCAAGGGCAUGCUGGCCCGAGGCACUUACCACAACAAGUCCUUCUUCACGGACGAUGACAAGCAUGACCACCUCACCUGGGAGUGGAACCUGUCCAUUAAGAAGGAGUGGACAGAAUGAGUGCCUCUGCCCGUCCCUUCCCUGCCCUUGCCACCUGCCAGAACCCUCUCGGGGUCCCCUCUCACCCUCUCACCGCCGUCCCUCCUCCCUGAUCACAGCUGGGUCCCUUCUCCAGCACGCCCCUCUCCUUCUCUUAUUGCUCCAUCCUCUCCCUCAGUGUCUCCCACAGUGUCUCCCACAGUGGUCCUCGGCACAAGAUGCUUAAAAUCCAGGCUUUAAUCCUGCCCCACCCUUCUGAUCCCCUCCCACGACCAGACCAAGUUCUCCCUCCCAAUAAACCAUCAUUUAAUAUUUCCCUACUUUAUUCCCAUUCGAGCAACUAGAGACCAGGAAAUGGGCAAACUAGCACUAACAGUCCUUCUGCCUUGGGUUCCGGUAGCUCACUGCCAUCCCUGGGCUCCUCCCUCAUUGCUGCUGGCUCAGUGAAGGUCCCAGGUCAAACUCCUUGCCGACGGAGGGUGGUUCUUUUCCAGGAGACACUGUAAGCAGCAUAAGAGACUAAGAAUAAAACAGUUGUAUGAUC